AUGGAUGCCAAUGAUCAUCAAUUAUAUCUUUCAUCGCCUGAUUCAACAUGUUCGAGAUCAUCAACAUCGUCAUCUUCAAUAUUAUUAAAUAAGAAACAAUCAACUGCGAUGAAAUCUUUUCUCAUAUCCGAUAUAUUAAAACCAAAUUUUGGCCAUCCAAAUGAAAAAUGUAACAUUCCAUUAUCACCAACAACAACUAAUGAUUCAAUAUCAUCUUCAAAUACAAGUUUUAAACCUGGAGCAUUACCAGCAUGGAUAUUUUGUACACGAUAUUCUGAUCGACCAUCUGCAGGUCCACGUGCAAGAAAACCAAAACCAUGCGAAACCAUUGAUUCCAAACGUCCACGAACUGCUUUUACUAAUAAUCAAUUGGCACGUUUAAAAAAUGAAUUUGACCGUAGUAAAUAUCUAACGGGUGAACGUCGGCAAGUUCUAGCGAGUGAAUUAGGUUUAAAUGAAUCUCAAAUAAAAAUUUGGUAUCAAAAUAAACGAGCAAAAAUAAAGAAAACUUCUGGAGUGCGAAAUACAUUGGCAUUACAAUUAAUGGCACAAGGUUUAUAUAAUCAUACGCCAUCGAAUACUAAAAACAGUUAA